GGUCUGUGAGGGGGUUAAAGACCCUCUUCCGGCGAGGAAGGUCAACGGUACAAACACAUGGCUGCCGUGAGAAGCACAAACAGAUCAGAAAUAAAAACCAACCGGAUAAACACGACCAGCAAACAUUAACACUUAAAAAUAACCGUGAACUUAAAACAAUAGGCAUUUUCUUUUAAAGGGAUAUCCAGUGCAGCCCUAUAGUGAAUUUGCCCAGCUCUUGCAAGCAGUGUUGAGUGUUGCAGCCUGCGGCAGAGCGCUGCGUUAAUAACGAGCCCGCAGCAAUACUGCAUUGUAAUAUAAAUUAUAAAAUACCCGAGGAGCCGCCGCCGGGGCGAUGCCGGGACCCGCUGCCCGGGACCCGCUGUUCCGCAGCUGCUGGGGCUGCCGGGUUACCUGCGGGGCCGGGCUGCUGCUCUCCGGGGGGUACGUCUUCAUGGCUGCCCGGAGCGUCCUGAAGAAAGGCGGGCCUGCCAGGGUGGGAACGGUCGCCCAGAUCUUUUUUUCAGCGUGUUUGGCAUCCUGGGGAGUUGUGAUCCUUGCUGAUCCCGUUGGAAAAUCUCAGAGGAAAACCUGAGGGGGGUGGAAUUCUACUUUGUCUCCUUGAUCGUUACACUCGCCCAGAAAGACCCUUGAACCUGUGGAAGACCCCCCCCCAUUAUAACCAUUAGCAGCUGCUGCUAUCUGAUAUCACUGAAAGGUUAGAGGUGGCGCCCCGAGGGUCAACGAGAAAGCCUUCGCAUCGUCUGAACCCACAGCAGCAUCGACACAAGACACAUUAAAUACAUUCUUAUCAGA